GGUGGUCGUCAACGGUAUAUCGGUCUUCAUUGCUGGAUUACCAUACGUCACUCUUCCCAAAGACCAUAUGGCUCUUUCUGACCAUCUUCAGGCCAUUAAUCAAACAGCGGAGGCUCUCAGCAGCUGUGAACGCAAAAGGCUCUUCUACCUGUGUGAAAUCUUGGACACGGACAACACUGAGGCUUGCAUGAAGGAGAGGCUGAAAGUGUUGUGUCAUGAGAAAGGUAACCUGUUUCUGACAGAGCUGAUCUUGCAGUUAAGACGUUUUGAUAUCCUGAGGACGGUGUACAAAACCAGCAGAGAUGAGGCGGAGAAGACUCUGAAACACAAGCAGGUUCUGCCAAGAUUCAGAGUAUUGAUGGCUAAUAUAAAUGAUGAUGUGGCCAAUGAGGAUCUGAACAGUGUGAAAUUCUUGUUAAGCAGCACGUUGCCCCGUGAGCAGAUGGAAAAAGCAAAGAGUUUCUUGGAUGUGAUCAUUGAACUUGAGAAGCUGGAUAUAGUUUCACCUGAAAGAGUUGACUGUAUAGAGGAAUGUUUGAGAACCAUUGGCAGGGUCGACCUUGCCAAAAAAGUGACUGCAUACAAGAUGUCAGUUGUGACAUCUGAAGGACAUGUAUGUCAACAGCAAAGGCACAGAGCUCCUUGUCCAGUCCCCACUCCAAAUAGUUCUCUACAGCAAACAAGACAAGCACAGCUCCUCCACGUCGCCACAGAAAACGUACCGCUGCCUGUGUACAGAGAGCAGAACUGCCAGAGUCAACUAGAUUGUUACAAAUUUAACACAAAUCCUAGAGGAGUUUGUGUUAUCAUAGACUGCGUGGGUAAUGACGGAGACAUGUUGGAACACACAUUUAAGAAUCUUCACUUCAACGUGGUCCUCUACAAGUGGCUUAGUGGGGAUGACACUAUUUUAGCUCUCAAAGGAAUAUCGAGACAAACGGAGAACCUUGAAGGUGACGGCUUUGUCUGUUGCAUCAUUAGCCGUGGUACGGCUAACUAUCUCCUGGGUACCGACUCAUACGCUGCCGGUCUACAUUUGGACAAUGUCAGACGUCAUUUCACUGCUGAUGCAUGCCCCAUGUUGGCUGGCAAGCCCAAACUCUUCUUCAUCCAGAGGUACAAUGUCCCUGAGUUUCCUCAACGUGCCAGGACAGAGCACAGUGAUGAGGAUCUGGAGACAGAUGGGUGUGUUGGGCUGUCCAGAUGUAAUAUACCUACAGAUGCAGAUGUGUUCUGGAGUCACUGCUGGACGGAUGAAUGUCAACUGGAGCAAGGACACCAUCGCUCCAUUUACCUGAAGGCUCUGACAGAUGCAUUACUCAAAGGUCAAAGGAGGAAAACACAUCUUGUUGAUGUUCAUACCGAGGUGAAUGGGGCCAUCUUUGAACAUAACAAGAGAAACCCUGGAGCAAACUACAACAUCGAUCUGAAACAUACUUUGAGGAAAGAUCUUUACUUACAAUAGACCAUCACUUUCACUUAACCCUCAAUACUGGGAGCCACAUAGUAGCAGAUUCCUUGCCUGAGCCAAAACAUUUCUACUGAGUAGGCAGUGACACCUACUGGUUGUUAACUUUUAAUUUUUUUUCUUCUUUUUUUUUUUCCGAUGAAGCAAAACUUAUUUAACAGAUUGUUUUUAUUUGAUAUUUGAUAUGUAUAUUGUGCAUUUAUUUGGAUAGUUUCAUAACAGAAAUACAAAUGUACAAACGAGGGAAACAAUAUUGAUACAAUAACUCCUCAACUUCCCAACUGAAACCCCGCUGACAACAACAACAUCAGGGAGUUAUAAACAACACACCCAAUCAGAGCCUCACAAAAGCAGCACAUGUCAAUUCAUGCUAGACAAUAAGUAGAGCAAUAUAAAAGUGUACAUGUAUUGCAAUCAUAUAUCUUAUUUUGUUUUUUGAAGCAUUAAUUUGAGCACCUUUUUCUUGCCUCAUACAGUGCAGCUGAAGCAGGUAUAGUGCCUGUGAAGAAAUGUGAAUAUAAUUAGUUAACUGAAGAAAAUAACUAGUGAAAUGAAGUAAACACUAUCUAUCUAUUUAUCUAUCUAUCUAGCUAUCUCUAACCACGUUUUAGAUACUGCAUGUGCUAUGUAAAUAAGUUCAUUUUAUUAUUAA